UAAUAUGUUUCCUGUCUCAAUAGCUGAAUUCAAAAAGUACACAUAUUACAAAGAAGUGCUACUUCAAAUUUUGAAAGAAAAAGCCAAAGGCGAUGAAGAACUUUUCGCAAAAUUACGGAGCAAUAAAUUGGUUUGGAAGAAAGCGCUGCGAUUGUAUUACACAAAUUUCUUUUUUAAACCAUCGAUACGUAAAAAAUACACUUUGCGUUUGAAAGAAAUGCCGCAAAGUUUGAAGGCAAAAUUUUUAGAAAUACCUGCAAAAUCAACUACAGUGAAGGAAAAAAAAAAAUGUGAUAAAAACCAUUUAAAAAGUGAUAGAGAAUCAAAUUACACCUAUUUCGAUAGCUAUAAGCCAUUAUCUGAUGAAUUUUUAUUAAUGUACAUAUCAAAAAAAGUGUCUGAUGUUAAUAAGCAUCCAGAAAUUUUAAAACGUAUAAAGGAAAAUAAACAACCACAUAAAAGACAGUCGGGAAUAGAAAUAAUAUCAAUAGAAACGAUUGUGCCACCAAAUAUUGAAAAUGAAAUAACAUUGGAUGAACAAUCGCCAGUCAUACCUGAAGAAAACAUGGAAAUAUUCAAUAAGUUGUUCGAUCCAAUUCCUUUGAAAUGUACUUUAUCCUAUGUACUUCGCUUUUCUUUUGGUCCAAAACAAUCUGUUCUGCGCACAUUGAUGCAUAUAUCGUUCGAAGAUUUCUGCAAGUUCACAAAUAUUUAUCAAUUGUCUAAUAUUUAUAAUGAUAAACUAAAACUAUUCAAAAUUUAUGAAUCCACGAUUAAAAAAGAAAUAUGGCCGUUUAAUUUAUAUAUGCGCAUAAGUGAUAUUUUCCUUUAUUUACUGUUAAAUGAUGUAAAGCUUGAUUUAAGUGAUUUACAACAUAUAUCACCAAAGUUUUUACAUUGGAGUGAUCUUGCAGUGAAUACUGAUUUUAAUGAAAUUGUACAAGAAGAUUAUUUUAAUAUGAAUGGAGAGCGCAUUGAUGGUGAUGAACAGCUACAAAUUUCUCGUGAAAGUUUUUAUACUCGUUGCUGGAAUGAGGACGAUUGGAUAUGGAAAAUACCCAAAAUAACUAAUAAUUCGAUCCAAGAGAAAAUUAAUGUUACUAAAGCAUUAUCUGAUGAAGAUGCAGAACAGUUGACUGUUGAGAAGAAAAAUGUAAAGGGCUCAUAUAUAUCACUGAAAAAGUAUCUAAAUGAAAAUUUGGAAUAUCAUAAUCACACAGAACUGGUUGAAACGUCUUCCAGUAUCACAAAUCGUUCCUUGAAAAUUACGGACAAUGCAUCUACAAUCUUUCAAAGUACCAAUAACGAUGGAGCAUGUAGUGUUGAUGUUUUGCUUUCAUCACAGACUCAACCUCAGGAAGACCCAGUCUGUAUGUCAUACAAAGCAAAUACAUCAAAUCCUAAUAACACAGGUAUUAAAUUUCAAUCAGCUGUUGUUGUAUGUAUAUCAAUUAUUUCAGUAUAUUUCAGACCAGAAUUAUUCAUUGCAUUUUACUUUUACAAUUUAUACUACUUUAAAUAUUUAUAUAAUUUCGUUAUUUCUACUUUUAAUUCGAUGAUUCGACAAUCCGAGUUUAAUUAAUCGUUACGUUCGAAGACAUGUUAUUUUGCUAUGUUGAGACAUUAUACAUUGUAUUUGGCACACAUUUUUCGCUU